AUGAAUUUAGGUCAAACACUUACCUAUUGUGGUCUUGAAAGGAUGUCCUUAAGUGGAUGCUUUCCUACAGAGACUGUGUAUUCCCAGUCCUCUGGUGAGAGAGCUGGAUUUGAUGCUGGCAGUUGUCCGUGUGGUGGGGGGGUAGGGCUGGCGGGGGAGAGGCUGAGGCCAGAGCCGGGUGUGAGUGCUGAAGCCAGUGGGGCCCACGUGAGCUCUCGGCUUAUGCUGGCCACAGACAAAGGUCUGAGCUGUCCCCACUGCACCGCCUAUGCAGGCGCUGGUGUUUGUUUCCCUCAGUCCACUCACACGCAGCCUCAGGGGCAGGUCCCGUUUGUCCCUCCCAGCCCUCUCCCUGUCCCCAGGCUCCAAGGCACCCCACGCUGUGGACCACACUGCAGGGUGGGUGGGCUCGAACGGCCCCUUGGUGUGUAUCAGGAGGCGAGCUGUGGCUGCUCUCAGAAAUCUGGGCUGCGGUGCUUGAGUGAAGUGCCAGCAACGACAAGCACCUACCACUCAGGCUCAACCCCAGGACUGGGUGACCUCUGUGUCCUGGGGUCGACUCCUCCUUGA